UUCUGCCACACUCAACAUGGCGGCAGCGCGGGUCCACCAAAGCGUCUGAGCAGGUCGCAACUCUACAUAUUCCACUCUAAUCAUGGCGACCCCGCGACUUGUCGUGGGUAGCGGGGCUCUGGAGACCUGCGGUCUGGACCAGAUUGUGGAAGCGCUGAAGCUGCUACUGAGCCCGGGAGGGUCAAGUUCAAGUUCCUUACAGACCACAAAACAUGAUGUCUUACUGGCUACUUUGAAAUCUAACCUUUCUGCCUUGGAGGACAAGAUUCUGAGGGAUCCUCAGUGGAAGAAACUGAAACUCCUACAGGAUGAAAUUGUUAAUCAGGCAGAGUGGCCACAAAACUCUGUGGAUAUCACUUGGAGUUUUACUUCUCAAGCUUUGUUGUUGCUGUUGUGCUUGAAGGAAACCAUGAUCCGCCUCACAGCUGAUUUCAAUCCAGGUAAACCCAACCCUAAGACUCCAGAAGUUGCUCCUGCCCUGAGCCCUGAUGUACUUAGUAUCUCACAGCAGAAGACUGUCCAGUCCACUUUGCAAUUUGUGGUCACCUUGGGUGUCUGUCCCUAUCUCAUGGCUGGUGUUGGAGUCCCUCUGAAAUACAGGACUGAGUUUGGUGCUGUUGUUCAAGAUGUGGUGAGUCUGGAUUCUGCCCCCCAUGCAGCCCGGAGGCUCUAUACCAGCUGCACAGUCCUCCUAAAUGUUGCUCAGCACGCAUCUCUGGGGAGCUUGAUUUUCUGCCGCCACUUUGGGGAUAUUGCAGCAGGUCUGUGCCAACUGGGAUUCUGCCCAACCAAAAGAAAGCCAGCAAUACCUGCAGAAGAGGUUUUAACUGAAGAGGAAAGAACCCUAUCCAGGGAGGCCUUGAGAGACAUGCUGGAUCAAGUAUAUCAGCCAUUAGCAGUCCGGGAAUUACUUAUCCUCCAGGGAGCACCUCCCCAGUCUUGCACAGAUGUGAAGACACAGCUUAGGUGUCAGACCCCAGCUUGGCUUCGCCGUCUAUGUGGGCAACUGCUCUCUGAAAGGUUAAUGAGACCCAGUGGUGUUCAAGCAGUAGUCCGGGGCAUUUUAGAAGGAGCAGGUGCUGGGAAAGCUGGCGGGAGUGAUGCUGAGGCAACAGCUGCUGACUGGAAAAAGUGUGACUUGAUUGCAAAGAUCUUGGCCUCUUGUCCCCAGCAAUCUCUUUCUCUGGAGAGUUACUACAGGGACAUUUGCCCCCAGAUUCUGGAUUUAUUUCAUUUUCAAGAUAAAUUGACAGCACGACAAUUUCAGAGAGUUGCCACCACUACCUUUAUCACUAUGUCCAGAGAACACCCACAGUUGGCAGCAAAAUAUUUGCUUCAACCAUUGUUAGCUCCUCUUCAUCGAUGUUUGAAUACAGCAGAGAUUACAGAGAAUGACAUGGUGCCAGGGACCAUUUUGGUGACAGAGGAAGAACUUAGUAGAUGUAUUGAAGAUGUCUGUAAGGUGUAUGUAGUAGGGAAUGAACCUCUCGCGGUAUUGCUGGAUUCCCUGCUUCCAGUUCUGAGGAUGCUCUUUGCUCUCUACUGCUUUACAAAGCAGAGUGUAUCUCACAUAAGGUCAUUUUGCCAAGAGAUCUUAUUAUGGAUCCUGGAGAAGCUGGAAAGGAAGAUAGCAAUUGCCAGCCUUAAAGGAUUUGCAGGGUUGGACAAAGCUGUGCCCUCACUCCAUCCUUUGUGUCAGUUUAGAGCUGCCACCCAGGGCGGCAUUAUGAUUACUAUUAAAGAGGCCAUGAGCGAUGAAGAUGAAGAUGAAGCCCUGUACCAGAAGGUGUCCUCAGAGCAGAGCCAGGUGGAGCAUCUCGGGGACUUGCUCAUCCAUUGUCAGGAGUGUGGUUUGGCAGGAGACUUCUUCAUCUUCUGUUUAAAAGAGUUAAGUCAUCUGGCUGUGGAAAAUAAAGCAGAGUUAAAACCUAAGCCCUUCUCCAGCAAGAGCCUAUUGGAAUUAGAACACCAAGCUCUUCUUGUGGCAGGCUACGAGCAUAGGCUGUUGGUCCUGCAGCUACUGGCUGUUCUGUGUGAGAAAAUGUCAGAGCAGAUAUUCAUAAACAUCGCUCAGGUAGUGGACUUCGUAGCAGCCACACUGCAGAGAGCAUGUGCAAGCCUGGCCCGUGAGGCAGAGAGCACCGUGGAGUCACAGACACUGAGCAUGUCCAUGGGGCUGGUGGCCGUCAUGCUAGGAGGAGCUAUUCAGUUGAAGUCAAGUGAUUUUGCAAUCAUGAAGCAGUUGCUGCCUCUGUUGGAGAAGGUCUCUAACACAUACCCUGACCCUGUCAUCCAAGAACUUGCUGCUGAUCUCCGUAUCACCAUCUCUACCCAUGGAGCCUUUGCCACACAGGCUGUCAGUAUGGCUGCCCAAAGUACACUAAACAAAAAAGGUCCAGAAGAGAAAACAAAAGAGCAGCAACAAGGCAGUCACAACACACCGGUAGCUCAGAGCCAUCAUGAACAACAGAAAAGCCAUAAGAAAUCCCCCCAAACAGGCCAAAAAUCUGAUGUUCCAUUCAUUCCUGAGGGGAUCAGUGAGCCUGGCACUACUGCAAACCAGAAAUCUGGAAGCAUAACUACAGAACAGCUCCAAGAAGUUCUUUUAUCAGCUUAUGAUCCUCAGAUUCCAAUGCGAGCUGCUGCCCUGCGCACUAUUUCCCGAUGGAUAGAGCAGAGAGAAGCAAAAGCCCUUGAGAGACAAGAGAAACUCCUUAAGAUAUUCUUGGAGAACUUGGAACAUGAAGACACUUUUGUGUAUCUGUCUGCAAUUCAGGGAGUUGCCCUGCUCUCAGAUGUGUACCCUGAGAAAAUCUUGGUUGGCCUAUUGACUCAAUAUGACAGCGGCAAAGACAAGCACACACCCGAGACCAGAAUGAAAGUAGGGGAAGUCCUGAUUCGAAUUGUCAGGGCAUUAGGGAACAUGGUCUCAAAGUAUCGAGACCCUUUGAUCCACACCUUCCUGAGGGGCGUGAGAGAUCCAGAUGGUGCCCACAGGGCCAGCAGCUUAGCCAACCUAGGAGAGCUGUGCCAGCACCUGGACUUCCUGCUGGGCCCCAUAGUCCAUGAGGUGACAACUUGCCUGAUUGCUGUAGCUAAAACAGACAGUGAAGUUCAAGUGCGCAGAGCUGCCAUCCACGUGAUUGUUAUGCUGCUUCGGGGACUCAGCCAGAAAGCUACUGAGGUGCUGAGAGACGUCCUCAAGGAUCUCUACCACCUGCUGAAGCACGUGGUACAGUUGGAGCCUGAUGAUGUGGCCAAGCUCCAUGCUCAGCUAGCCCUGGAGGAGUUGGAUGAGAUCAUGAGAAACUUCCUGUUCCCGCAACAGAAGCUGGAGAAAAAGAUUAUUGUCCUGCCAUAGCCUUGGCUCAAAGGACCUGAAGGAGCCAUGGAGGGACCAAGCAGAGAGAGAUUAAUGCCCAAGCCUUCCAUCAGGUGGCCCUCCUACCUCUUUACAGCUAGCUCUGAAGGAGUCUUUAUGAUGCUGGUAGCUUGGGUCUUGAGCCUGACCUUCCUGAAGCAUCUAUUCAGCCUCCCUGCAUCCAGCUCAGAGCGUGGGCAGUUACAAGGAAAAGCCCACUAGCAUUCAGAGAAGGAUAUCUCCUGAUGGAAGUAAAUGCUAACGUGAUGAUGGAAUGUGCUGUUUUGACCUUGCAGCUUGGGAAAUUGGCCUUCCCUAGGUCACAUAUCUUGGUAUUUUUCAUGAUGGUAUUAUUCUUCCUAUAGUAAUGAGGUGCAGGCACAGCUAGUCAUCUCUGUCUGCUAGAGGCAUCUGAGUAUGGAAUACAUUUGAGGGAAUGGAUAGGAAAUAGUUACCAAAACAUGCAAAAUGGAAUAAAAUUAUCUUGGCUAGAAGAAACAACAGGUCUGAAUCUGGUCCUCUGGUGUCUCUGGUGUGGAGAUGGAAAAAUAAUGUGGAGACAUUGAUUCCUCAGAAAGAGAACCAUGCUGGUUGAACUUUCCAGAGAAAUAUAAGCUCUUCCAGAGAAGAGUCAGCCCCAUUUGUCAUCUGGGGACAUUUUGCUUUGCUUCUUCAGAGCUGCCCUGGUUGUCAAGAGAAAACCUCCAAGAGUCUGUGUCGUGCAUUCAAUCCUCUGCUCCUUUGGCAACAUGAACACUUAGAGUGGUACUAACUGCGGAUGGAAAGUGUGCUACAUACUGCUGGGCUGAUGCCAAGAUUUUUGA